UUUGUAAAACGCAUCAGAUCCCAACCUUGUUCCUGGGACCGAAUCACUCAUCGCUUUCUUCCCACGACGAAAUCAAAGUGCGCGAGAGAGAGCUGCAGAGAUUUGACUGAGAUAUUGUGUGUGUGUGAGAGAUAGAGAGAUGAAGAUCACGGCGCUCUUGGUGUUGAAGUGCAACCCGGAAGGGUCCGAUCCGGUCAUACUUGCGAACGCCACGGACGUCAGCCACUUCGGCUACUUCCAGAGGUCCAGCGUCAAGGAGUUCAUCCUUUUCGUCGCUCGCACUGUCGCCAAGCGGACCCCUCCCUCCCAGCGCCAAUCCGUCCAGCACGAAGAGUACAAGGUCCAUUCUUACAACAGAAAUGGCCUUUGCGCAUUGGGCUUCAUGGAUGAUCACUACCCAGUUCGAAGCUCCUUUUCUCUACUCAACCAGGUGAUAGAUGAGUACCAGAAAAACUUUGGUGACUCAUGGAAGACUGCACAAGUAGAUAAUACCCAACCAUGGCCCUAUCUGAGUGAAGCUUUGACAAAAUUUCAGGACCCUGCAGAGGCUGAUAAGUUGUUGAAAAUUCAAAGGGAGUUGGAUGAAACUAAAAUUAUACUCCAUAAGACUAUUGACAGUGUACUUGCACGAGGUGAGAAAUUGGAUAGCUUAGUUGAGAAGAGUUCAGAUCUCAGUGCAGCAUCUCAGAUGUUUUACAAGCAAGCAAAAAAGACGAAUCAGUGUUGUAGCAUACUGUGAACUUCUUCAUCAAGCGGCUCUCCUGUAAUUGCAUUCACAUUUUCAAAGGUCGAAGCUGAUGGAUGACAAAUCGUGAUUGUACUAUGUCUAUAUCGUUUAUCAAUUGUUUGCUUUGCAAAAUUCUGUGGCAUUUCCCCAUAUAUUCUAGACCAAAGAAAGGAAACUGUGUAUCAGCAGGAGAUCCUUCUAUUAUAGUAUUUAUGUGCUUGACAAGCUCAAAUCA